ACGAGCACGCGAGACGCCAUAUUGAGCGAAUGUUGAUUGAAUGUGGUUUAGGUGUUUACGCGGUUCCAAGUAAAACCCGUGGAAAACCGUAUCGAUUGCCGUGUGGCCCGGUUCGAGUGCUCGCGAACGAUCCACUUGGUGUACCAGUUGCACCACGCGGUGAUAGAAUGAGCGGCAGCGACGGUGAAGACGGUCAAUGCAAUAGGACGAGAGAAAGCAACGUAGUAGCGAUGGGUGACGUUCUCGCUAAGAAACACGCAGACGAUGUACCUUGCGAUACCCGCACCGUUGUAGACGACGAUCAAACGCGGCAGGAAGUAGAUCUGGCUGUCGAUUACGACAGCGACGCUGUCAGGUCGCCCGUCGUCGCGGACUUGGUUCCUGACGCGAAUAUGGCAAUAGACAUGAAUGCAGUAAAUGCUUUCAUAAAAGGUGCAAGAGAUCCUGGAUAUGUACAAAGAGAUACAUAUAAAGUAAGAAGAGAUCUCUGUAGGGAAGAAUUGCAAAAGUUCAUGAAAUUCCAAAAUUUAUGGACAGAAUUGCAACAAUACAUGCGUGCUUCUUUCAAUGCUGCCCUGGAAGCAUCUCAUAAUCCAGGAAGCUUGCAGUUGCAGCAAAAUGCACUUUCUAUGGAGAAUAUGCAUGAGAUUGUUCUACAACUGUGCAAUUGGGAUCCCUCACAGUUAUCUUCGAGGCUAGUGAGUCAGGCGCGAGAAUUUGUUGUAGAAGUAAAAGUUCGAUUGAUAGCUAUUCAACGUGAUCGUAGUGUAAAUAAUUUAGCAGAAACUUUUCUUACAGGUCUCUUAGAUGAUUAUGAUGCAUUGAUAUCAACAGCAUCUCAAAUAUCUGAAUUAGUAAAGCCUUUGAAGGGUUAUUUGUGCAAGCUCACAUGGGACUGUUUCAUUAAAAAGUUAUAUCAGAUCUAUGUAUACGAUGACCCGAUGUUACAGAAUAAUCUGUCUCCUUUUAUCGGACAGUUAAGGAAACUUUUGCCUUUGAAAGGCUCGAAGUACGAAGGUCUUGUACAUCGAUAUUUAGCGUUUGACGAUAAAAUGAUAAAAAUUAGGGAUCUGUGGCCAGACACUAAACCAUGGAUGGACAAAUACAACACACAUUUCAGUGCAGAACAAGCAGUUCAAAUGACCAGCCUUAGACAAAUAUGGAAUACUUGGGAAGUAUUUUCGGUAACUAGGAAAUUUAUGGAGGAACGUAUGUCCAACAAAUCGCUCGAUAGUGGGAAUGAAUUACAAGAAGUGGAUGGUCAAUUGUCAACGCUCGCAACGCAGGGGAAAGUUACUAUCUCUGAAAUGGAUAGUAGGCCAAUAAGUCCAACUCCGGACUUCAGUCUAGAUUCGCUGAAUAUACCAUCGACUGCCGAGAUGGUUCAAAUUCUCUUACAUGAUUGGAAUAAAGACCAACUUUAUAAAGUGGCAGAAACGGUGGAUGCGAUAUCUACGGCUAUUUAUGCGAACGGAGCUUAUAAAGAAGGAACUUAUAACGAAGGAGGGUGCUUAGAAGACAACACAAAGGAUGGGAAGUGUUGUGAAUUUCAUUCGUGUACAGGGUCUCCAGUGUCACCUAUUAUGAAUAAAAGCGACACAGAAAGUAUAGGAUUGCCAAUAGAAAAUCCAUUUUCACAACUCAUUAAUGGUUUUUUAGCUGUACCUGAAACCGCUGUACCGAAUAACCAUCCGAAACCUGUGUCUCCUACAACCGUAAAGAUAAAUUCAGAGCCAAGUAAACCUGCCGUCAAAUCUGGUUCUACGCAGUCUGCUCAAACACAGACGAGGCAUUCUACUACGCAGACGCCGAACACCGCUCACAAUCAUCCAACACAUCAGGGUACAACUCAUCCUCCACACACGCACGGACCUCUUCCGGACCUGGUUAAAAACACAACUCCCCCUCACAGAUCUCACACACACAACGCUCAUUCGUCGCAUGCAUGUCACAAACAGGCCAACGUUGAGCACAUCAAAAGAGUGUCGUGUAAUGACUUGAGUUCCGGGGACGGUGAUUGUUCCGAUUCCGGAAGCAGUCAGGAGGACUCGUGUUCGACCAGUAGUUCAGCACAAAGAGACUCGAGUAGACAUUGUGACUGUUGUUACUGUGAAGUAUUCGGACACGGAGUUCCUUCUGUAGCGCCGGUUAGUAGGAAUUACAAUGAAAUGAGGGAAAGGUUACGACAGUUGUUGACCAAGAAGAAAGCUAAAAAAUGUAAAGCUACGUGUAGUCCCUCAAAAAGUUCCUCGGAAUCGUCGACCAAUACAAAUCCGGAAACGAAAGCAGUGGCUAACACAGCACCAAGGUCUAAUACUCCAGUUUCCGCUGCCCUAACAGUUCAACAGGAUCAAAGGGAUCAGAGGGACUUGGAAGAAUUGUUGGAGUUCAUCGAAGGUAAUCAGAAUGGGAAAAAGGAUAAUAAUAAAAAAGCGGAGAAGAAGGCCAGACAAAAGCAGAGGAAGGUAGAAGAAAAAUUAAAAAGAGAUAGGCAAGAGGCAGAAAGACAAAAACUGAUAGAAUUACAGAAAAAAACGCCAGAAGUGACGAUCACAGUAGUAGAUCCACAGAAACCCGUUCCUCAGAGAUUAUUACCUCAGUGUAAUCUUCCCGAAGUAUCUAUUUUACCCACGUCACCGCCAGUAGCGUUGCCGAGUGUAAAGCAAUUAAGUAAUAAAAAGAAAGACAAGCAGGAAGUUUGUAGCAAUAGUAGCAACACUAGUAGCAGUAGCUGUAGCAGCAGUAGUAGUAGUAGUACCAUUAGUAUAAAUAGCAAAACGAAGGUUUCACCUGUGAAUACGAAUGCGAAGAACAAAAGUAUUAAUUCGAAUAAAGCGGAGAAGACUGUGGCCGCUGGCCAGACAAACAAGACGACCGGCAAACCUGACAAAGCCGAAAUUAUUAAUAAGAAUAACAAGGUGUUGACAAGUACCAACGGUACGAAUGUGAAAAGUAACCAGAACAUUACAGAGAAGUCACUGGCGAUGGACUUGAACGAGAAGAAAUUGACGAAAAAAGAGAGAAAGAAACAGAAGAAAGAGUUGAAGAAACUGGAAGAGACGAAGGCGAAAGAGGUGAAGAAACCGGUUCAGGCCGAGAGUCAGCCUCAGAUGGUCACUAUAAAAAGGGUCAUGGAGUCGAACAGCGCGGAACCAACGGUCACGAUCACAUUGAAAGGUCAAACGCCAGCCGAGGACAAGGUAUUGUUCACCCUGGUGAACGGCCAGACCAAGGAGGUCUCCCUUCCCAAGUUGGAGAACGAACAGAACCAGAACAUCAGUGGGAAAAAGAAGAAAACCAAAGCCAAUAAUAACAACAAUAACAGUACUAACAGUAAUAACAACUCGUUGCAACAGGGGAAUAAGACUCAACAAACAAAUAACUCGAAACAACAGUCGCAAAAUAAAAUUGGUGAUAACAAGAACGUUAAGCAAGGAAACAGCGACAAGACUAAAGGGAAGGACGAGAAGAAGGUGCAACAGCAAAGUAUAACAGAGACAAAAAAGUCAAAGAAGGAUAAAAAGAACACUGAAAACAAAGAGAAUGUUUUGCAGCAGAAUACAGUGAACAAGAAUAAAAAUCAACAGCAAAAUGUGCCUAAUAAGAAACAGAAUAAAAUAAACACUCCACCCCAGACGCCAGUCUCCCAGAAGUCCUCGAAUCUCAGUAAUGAAAACAAUAAGAAAUCGAAAGGUCAAGAGCAAGACAAAGGCAGCCAAUUGAAUUCCAAUAAGAACAAUAAAAAUGCUAGUAGUAAUGCAGCAUGUAAGCAAAUGAAAAAUGAUAAUCAGAAGAUACAGUGUAAGAUACCCUCACAGGCCACAAUGAAGCAGCGCUCAGAGAUUCAACCUGCUUCCACGGAACGAGUUAACUCGCCUUUGAGUAGCCAGUUCAAGGACAUCAGUGCGAAUUCGAUGAUCAACAUAGAAAACUUGAAAUUACCGCCUGGCAUUACGAUAACGAAGGUGGAUGCUCCUGCCAAGCCAUUGCCGAUAAAGUCAGCUCCGUUGCCCAAACCUGUGAAUCCUCCUAAACAGACUACCAUAAUCGCGGCUCCAAUGAGUAGCGUUCAGUCCAGUUACUCGAGCCCUCAGGCAGGUGGUAACGUGAUCGUAGUUGAUACCGGGAAACUGAAACAAGACCUUCUCCCUAAGCCUACAGAAAAAGAGGUAUCUAAGGAGACACAGCAAAAUGUAAGCACUACAGGGAAAAAAAAGAAAAAGAAGAACAAAAAUGCAGCUAACUCCGCCAACAGCAAUAAUCAAACAAUAGCGCAGAACAACGAUUCUUUUGUCAACGAGCAUACCGAUGAACCAGCCAGAAUACUGCACAACCCUAACACGAAUAUGGUGACCAUAAGGAACCCAGCAUUUGGUCCGAUGAAAGUCCCACCGACUCAGCAAGCAGCUAUCAUAAAAGUGUCUGAAAACGGCAUGGUGACCAUUAGGAGUCCAGCGCUGCAACAGGCGAUCAACGCAGGGCUCACGUCUCCUCCAAAACCUGAUUACAUAGUGAAGGGUGAUCUGUCGUCCAGGACAUCGACCGAUGGUCCAAACCUGAAACAUACUAACGGUAUUAUCCCGUCUAGUCUGGCCGAACUGAGAAGUAGGCUGACCCCAGACUGCACAACCCUCAGCGAUCUGGCUAACAUCCAGAUCAGUAAAGUGACCAACGGUCAGCCGAUACCAGAGAACGGGAUCAAUCUGAAGGGAACCAGCGUGACUCUGACGAAGGUGAGAACAGAGACGAGCAUAAAGGAUGUACAGAGCGCGAAAACGGCGGUCCGGGAAGCCAUAAAUGCGUCGAUAGCGGCGUCAAGUAACGGGAAGAGCAAGAAAAAGAAAAAACGCGGAACCGGCACGAGGCAAUGCGGCGAUGACUGGAACCUCGUUGAGAGCGUAUUCACGCCCAAAGAUAUAGACCUCGAGGAUGGGGAGAUGGACGACGCUGAACGCGAAUUGGAGGCAUUCAAGAGGUUUUGCCUGCAAUCGGUGCCACCCCCGCGCAAGGAGAAGGUCAACCUAAACAUCAAGGACAUCGUGCUGAAGAAGAAAUCGUCGUCGUCGUCGUCGUCGUCCGCGGCGGCUGCCGCCGUCAUCGCCGCUAAUUAAUUUCACAGCGAUAAUGACUCUAGAGGCCCUCAAGUUCGCGUGCGGUGUUGGCUCGGUGCGGAAUUAAUGGGAGUUUCCAUUGUGAGGGGGCGCCUGAGCUUAAAACCUCCUGAAAAGUACGCUUUUUCUACGGACAGACAAUAAUACAUGAUUUUAAUCGGAAUUGUCUGGCGGUUUUAUUUUUGAGCAUUAAUGAGCGUUACCCUGAGCAAUCCCCUUGACUCCGCGUGGUGGUGAAUAGGCUAAUUUGGGGAAUCCGCUAUGCGAGGAUCCCCAUGGCUAACAGGGAAUCUCUGGUUGCCAUUUGUAGAGCGAUAAAUACUACUACCAAUUAUGUAGAUGUGUACACAGGUGGUUGAUAUUAAAUGUAUGCUAUUGCAAAUAGCCGAAAUUUGUAUCUAGAUAGAAGUUCCAGGCGAAUGGAAGGUCACUUAACAAGUUGGCAGCUGUUGAUAUAGACCUACGUUAUUUUAAAGUCUAUAGUUGAUGACUCAUUUUAAUAUUCUCAAUUUGUAAAUGCAAAAAUGUUAUAACCUUUACAAAAUUGUGUGCUGCUAAAAUGUUAAUUAUCUUCCACGUGAGCAAAGAUGUAAAAUAAUUGAUAAGGUACACAACUGCCAAAAUUGCUAUGCCAUUUUUUAAGCAAGAUCUCUAUUUAUUACUGGAUAAUAAAAAUUUACCACCUGCAAAAUUAAUUAUUGGUAAAACAUUGUCGCUCGACAAAGUCUCAUUGAAAGAUUCGUUAUGCCAACAGCCUGACCCCUCGAAGCGUAUUACAUACACGCGUGUCCCGUAAAUUUUCCAAGAAUAUAAAGCGGAUAAGACAUGCGAUAAUUGUGAUAAUACUCGGAAUCUCUGGUGGUAAUAAGAAAAUUCUGUUAUUUUUGCAUCGAGCCAACCACCGUCAAACGAUAAAUGUAAUACUGCCACGGCCGAUGCGAAUGAACACGCAAUCGACUGGGAACGUGGUCCGUUUCCGGUUCUCGACGAUUUUGUCGCGGUGGCUCCUGUGCUAAUUACGAUGAUCGUUUGCGAAAAGAAAGGAAAAUGGAAUAAUCGACGAAGAUCAGCAGGCAGCCGCUGCGGUGUACGACGUUCGUAAAAAUCGUCAACGAGGGAGACGAACGUCGUUAUUUGUCGUCGUGUCGUUGUCGUGUCGGCGCCUAGUCGACUUCAUAUUUUUAAUAUAGUAGACGAGCGUGUAACAAUUAAUAGAAAUUCUUCCUUUGCGGAGAGACAAAUUAAAAAAACAAGACACCUUGGGUACAAUGUACGACGGGUGGGGUGACGCGUUUGUUCUCGAGAUACAGACGAGCCGUAGGUAUAUAUAUAUAUAUAUAUUAUAUUAUAAAUAAAAAAAGAACAGAAAAGUGUAUGUAUGUAUAUGUAUAUCUAUAAAUAUAGUAGGAACGAAUUCUCCUGUCGAUAGGCUGAUUUGUUUUAAUCGGCCUUCGAUUUGAUCGCGAGGAAGAUCGCGGAAUCGUGACAUCGCGUCACACCACGACGUUUCCUCGAACUACUUCGCGAUACUUAAUCAAGGAUAGUAUCGGUAAUUAAGCGAAACCCCACCACUGAUGUAUCGGCGUCGUGUCGACUACGAUCGCGAUCUAGGGGGUUUCAAAGAUCAUUUCAUGGAUCGACUUUUGUCCGAUACACAACACCACUGACACACGUACACGGAGACACUUUCUCUCUUUUUUUUCAAUAAAAGCAAAUAUGCAUUUUUACCGAA